ACUUAAAAACCGACUCGUUGGAUGUUGCAAUCGGCUCUCCUUGACGCACGCAGGUCCACUUACAAAUUAGAAUCUACAAGGUCUUCUGAUCAGUGAUCUUGAAUCUUGAGCUAAUCCUGGCUAAUCGCACCUGGAUUUCGAUGUUGACCCAUCUUGGACGCUACCCAUGUGAUGAUCGUGAAUGCACUGUGUGAACUGAACUCAACUGGUUGUUAUCGAUCCAUUCCAGUCUCUCCCUCUCUGUUUCUCAUUUGGACUAAAUUUUGAUGGGAUUAUGAGAUUGCAGAGGUCUGUUCCUCUUCCCAUUAAACGCUUAUCCUGCCUUUGCUCAUCAUACCAGUCUUCCCGUUUAAGCUUUCCAGUUCAUAGUUUUGGAGAAACUAGGCAGGAAUUGGCCACCUUCUUGCAAUCAUGCGCCGCUACGAAUUCUUCCAUGGAUGGGAAAAAAGCUCAUGGAAGAACUGUACUUCUAGGCCUUUUGCCGGACAUCUUUCUAGAGAACAUCAUCCUCAAUGUGUACUCGAAAACUGGUUGUUUCAGGGAAGCACGCCAGUUGUUCGAUGGAAUGCGUCAGCGGAAUCUCAUAUCAUGGUCAACCAUCAUCUCCGGGUUUGCUCAGCAUGGUCGUGGAGAGGAAGCUCUGCUACUCUACUCUCAGUUCCAAGCGACACAUGAGAAGCCGAACCAGUUUGUUUUAGCUAGUGUUUUGCGGGCUUGUUCGGGGUUAGGCGCAGUGGAAGAGGCUGCCCAGUUGCAUGAUUAUGCAAUCAAAGCAGGUCUUUACGCUGAUGUUUUUGUGGGUACGGCUCUAAUUGAUGUUUACACCAAGAAUUGUUACAUUGAAGAAGCUAGGUUGGUUUUCGAGGAAUUACCUGUGAAGAAUGCAGUUAGUUGGACGGCCAUUAUUGCUGGAUACUCACUUGUUGGAAGGAGCGAGGUUUCAAUUGAACUGUUUAGUCAGAUGGUGAAAACCGAUCUUCAGCCUGAUAGGUACGUCCUCUCUAGUGUGAUUAGUGCUUGUUCAGUUCUUUCAUUGCUUGAUCACGGCAAACAAAUUCACGCAUAUAUCACGAGGAAACAAUGUGAGUUAGACGUAUUGGUAACUAAUGUGCUUAUUGAUAUGUACUCAAAAUGUUCACAGUUGAGUAUUGCACGUAAAUUAUUCAAUCAAAUGGUUGUUAGGAACGUGGUCUCAUGGACUACAAUGAUUGCUGGUUACAUGCAGAACUCUUUUGAUUGGGACGCUCUACUGCUGUUCUCAAUGAUGAAUAGACAGGGGUGGAGGCCAGACGGAUAUACUUGCACAGCUAGUCUCAAUUCCUGCGGUGCGCUUGAGGAUUUCAGCUUUGGUCAACAGAUACAUUGCUACACUAUCAAGGCUAACAUUGUCCAGGACGAAUAUGUCAAUAAUGGUCUUGUCGACAUGUACUCAAAGUGCAACUCUGUAGCAGAUGCUAGGAAAAUAUUCGAUGCAAUGAUCAACUAUAACGUUGUUUCAUUCAAUGCAAUGAUUGAAGGGUAUGCUCAACAAGGUGAGCUUCAAGAAGUGGUGGAUCUUUUUAACCAGAUGAGGUGGACAUCAGUGAAACUCAGCCUCUUGACGUUUGUCAGUGUGCUGGGAGCGUCAUUAUCGAGUACAGAUCUAUGGUUGAGUAGGCAAAUUCAUGUCCUCAUGAUCAAGGAGGGAAUGUCAUUAGAUCUUUAUGCUGGAAGUGCUCUUGUCGAUGUGUAUUCCAAGUCUUCUAAUGUGGAUGAUGCAAGAUCUGUCUUUGAAGAAAUGCAAGAAAGGGAUAUUGUAGUGUGGAAUGCAAUGGUAUCUGGUUAUGCUCAAAAUGCAAAUGGUGAAGAGGCUCUCAAACUCCUCAUAGAAAUGCAGCAUGAAGGAAUGGUUCCCGACAAAUUUACUUAUGUAGCUGGCUUUAUUUCAGCCAGUCAAUUGGCUUCCCUGCUGCAUGGUUCGCAGCUCCAUAACCAUGUCAUGAAGAAUGGCCUAGAUUCAGAGCCAUUUGUUUCAAACGCUUUACUGGACAUGUAUGCAAAGUGUGGAAGCAUUCAGGAUGCCCGGAAACUUUUUGAUGCCAUUUCAAGCAAAGAUGUGGUCUGCUGGAAUUCGAUAAUAUCAUGUUAUGCUCAACAUGGCCAUGCUUUUGAAGCUUUUGUAAUGUUUGAGAAAAUGCAAGAAACAAGUAUUGAACCCAACUAUGUUACUUUUGUUGGAAUUCUUUCUGCUUGUAGCCAUGCUGGGCUUAUUGAGACAGGGCUUCGACAUUUCCAUUCAAUGAAGCACAAAUUCAAUAUUGAACCUGGAAUUGAACAUUAUGUUUGCAUGGUUGAUCUUUUAGGCAGAGCUGGCAAAUUGGAUGAAGUGAAGUUAUUUUUGGAACAAUUGCCAAUUGUACCAGAUGCAGUCAUGUUGAGGAGUUUGCUUAGUGCGUGUAGAAAAUUUGGAGACAUCAAUUUGGCAAAGCACACAGCUGAAUUAGCUAUAGCUACAGACCCAAGGGAUAGUGGAUCACGGAUUAUGCUUUCUAAUAUGUUUGCAUCUGCAGGAAUGUGGGCUGAUGUGGAGAAAAUCAGAAAAGGCAUGAAUCACAGUGGAAUUGUAAAGGAAACUGGGUACAGUUGGAUCGAAGUGAAGAAUGAGGUGAAUGCAUUUGUGGCAAAAGACAAGACUCAUGGACAAGGUGAACUAAUCUAUUCAGUCCUAGGAGGAUUGACCCUAAACAUGAAAAGUAUUGGAUAUGUUCCUGACACAGUGUUUCUUUGGCAUGAUUGAGAAAGAUUUGGACAUACAGCAAAAUAAGUACUUUUGCAGUUUGUUCCUGACUUUAAACAUGCUCAUCUGAGAAUCAGUAAGUUUUUGCCAUGUUUUUGGAUGAAUUGACUCGUUCAUGUCCAAGGAUGCUGCAAGUUAGUUGUUCAAGGACCUGAAUUAGUUGUUAAAGAUUCACUGGAAGGCCUACAUCUUUGAAGUAAAAUAUUUUCAUAUGUUUGGAAUAGGUUGUUAGAUGCAUAUAUGAAUUUUUUCUGAAGUAAUUCAAUUCUCAACAAGGGUUAAACUUGGGACAAAGAAAGAGGCCAUUAGUCUCUGGGUCAACUGUUUUUUCCUGCCAGUUGACUGUUGCAUGUAGAAGCUCAUUCGAUCAGUUUUAGCCUUUGCUUGAUUUGAACCACGGGGGUGUUCCAGUUCUAAAUUGCUCACUACAUUUACACUUACCAUUCUGUUGAUUAUACUUUUGAAGUUUGAAGCUACUGAUGCUAAUUGUGGGGAAGGAUGCAAAAUUGGUUCCUGAGUGUAAAAGUUGACAGCAAGUAUGAUUUGUUUGUAAAAGUAUUUUACAUUGUUAACAUGGUAAUGUGACCUGAUGAGGUGAGGCGAGAUACUUGGGAAUUGCUGUUCAUAACAGUGCCAGUUAUCUAUGGUUUGUUUUUUUUUUUUUUAAGGAUACUUGUAAUAAUGAAAAGAUGAAGGCAAAAACAAAAAUUUGUUACUGUAGUGUAGACACUACAAAGCCUGUCUGUCUUUCUCUUGUAUAUCUAGAAGUUAAUUAGAUCCUAACACUCAACUAUGGGACACUUGAUUAAUUGUUUUUUGAGUUGUCUCAAACAAUAGUUGCUAGGAUAUUCUGUUUCCCAUAUUGACCAUUUGAGAAGUUCUAACAACCUUGACAAUUGAGUCUCUCUCCCGUUGAAUUCUCAACUGCUCACUGUAAGCAUUUAUAUGGCAAAGAGAUGGUGAGCAGGAUCAGCUGUAUCAUUUAUACAAAGAUAAAGAGAAUUAGACUUUCUCCUGAUGAUAAGAUUUGGCUGAUGAACAAAAGAGACCAUGCCUGCCCCAGCAUUGGCUAGGGGCUGUGACGCAUGACCGGACACACUUAUCCGACAACACUGAUAUGAAGUGGCCUGCCAUUCCGACAAAGGUUCUGUUCCAUUCAUUUUGUUAGUAUGUUUUGUUUUGGGUUUCAAGUUGAAAAAGGUCAACAGUUUUGUACUCGAAGUGCUUUCCUUUGCAUAAUCUGGUAAGGGGCUGCCAAUGUUCAGAACAUCACUGCACCAAGCAAGGAUCCUUUAUAGACACCCUAAUGCAAUAUUUGUCAUAUACAAAAGCACACCUAGAUGUUCUGAAUCUUCAAGGGUCUCUUUUACAAACGUACUGAAGACAUGCACACAGAAAAGUCGCAGCAAAUAAAUACACUUUCGUACUUUGAAGUGAUGGUUCAGAUCUUUCUAUUGCGAAGCAAUCAGCUCUUCAAAUGCCAGGAAAAGGAAAUGAGUUCAUGAACUGGAAGGCAGGCCGUGCAGAGCAGUAUGAUUCCCAAAGCCUCCUGUCAAGUAAGGCCUUCUUGAUCUGGUGGAGUAGUAUCACCAUAGACCGGAAGCGCAAGCACAAGCACCGACGGCCAACACGAAAGCCUAGCACCAGUCUCCUCUUCUUGUUUCCUAACCGCACCGUGCUGACUCUCCGGCGGCGCUGCCACCCAUGAGAAGAUGCAAAGAGCUUGUUUUUUCCAUAAUAUGACGACUGAUCAAGUGCCAUAGCUCUCGGCAUUUUUGAACUACCACGCAACACUAUUAUGGCUCUGGAGCUCCUCCAUUGCAUGUUUAUAGCUUACACAAACAAUAAAGCCACUGAUAGCCAUGUUUUUUUAAGAAAACUUAGAUUCUCUGGUUCUUCAUGAUCAUAAUGAUGAAGAAGCCUACUUUCCUUUUCUUCUUUUUAAAUUGCUGGUGAAAAUUGAAAUGAUUGGCAUCAUUGAAAUACUAUUGAGGCAUCAAUAUUCAUAUGAUGAUUGAUGCUAGUUGCCACC